GAGAGAGAGAGGUAGAGAGCGAGAGAGACAGAGAGAGAGAGUGUGUGUGUGUGUGAGAGAGAGAAAGAGAGAGUCAAAGAGAGAGCGAGAGAAGAUGAGGCGACUCCUCCAGGACUCUCCUCUGUGUUGCGUGGUGAAACUCUGGUCUCAGUCCGGCCUGGAGUUCUCUCUUCUCUAAGACCUUCCUGCUCCUCUCAGCUGGUUUCCUCUUCAUGAAGACCACUGACAUCGGUGAUGUGAUGAAUAAAUUUGAAGUCCUUGGCAUUGUAGGUGAAGGAGCCUAUGGAGUGGUUCUGAAGUGCAGGCACAAGGAGACCAAUGAGCUGGUGGCCAUAAAGAAGUUCAAAGACAGCGAGGAGAAUGAGGAGGUUAAAGAGACGACGCUGAGGGAGCUGAAGAUGCUGCGGACGCUGAAACAGGAGAACAUCGUGGAACUCAAAGAGGCUUUCAGGAGGAGAGGGAAACUCUACCUGGUCUUUGAAUAUGUGGAGAGGAACAUGCUGGAGUUGCUGGAGGAACUGCCUAACGGAGCACCACCUGACAAAGCCCGGAACUACAUCUACCAGCUGAUCAAAGCCAUCCACUGGUGCCAUAAGAAUGAGAUCGUACACAGAGACAUCAAGCCUGAAAACCUCCUCAUCAGCUCUGAGGAUGUUCUCAAACUCUGUGAUUUUGGCUUUGCCCGCAACCUGUCAGAGGGAAGUGAUGCCAACUACACUGAGUAUGUAGCCACUAGGUGGUACCGCUCUCCUGAGCUACUGCUGGGGGCCCCCUAUGGUAAAGCUGUAGACAUGUGGUCAGUGGGUUGUAUCCUGGGGGAGCUGUGUGAUGGCCAGCCUCUGUUCCCAGGGGAGAGUGAGAUAGAUCAACUCUUUACCAUCCAGAAGGUCCUGGGUCCUCUACCUGCUGAACAGAUGAAGCUCUUCUACAACAACCCUCGCUUCCAUGGACUACGGUUCCCCUCAGUGAAUCACCCUACAACCCUGGAGCGGAGGUACCUGGCCAUCCUGAGUGGCCUCAUGCUGGAUCUGAUGAAGAACCUGUUGUUGCUGGUCCCUUCUGACCGUUACCUGACAGAACAGAGUCUGAACCACCCAGCCUUCCAGCCCCUCCGCCUCCUGGAGCAGCCCGCCCCAGCACCACCCUCCCCUAACCCCCCACGCUCCUCCAAGAGGAAGCCCCACAGCCACAUGGACAACACUGUGCCCACCAGAAGCCACGGCAGUAAGAGCUCGGGUCACCGUCACUCUAACAGUAAGGAAUGUUCCAGCCUACCUCGCCAUGGCGACCUUCACCUAGGCAACGACAGCUUCCUAAACGGCAACAAGCCUGUGUCGUCCAGCCUGAGCCCCACCCUCCACCCCAAGGCUUACAUGACCCAGACCCUCAACCGCUCCAUCACCUGUAGUAAGGACUUGGUCAACAACAACAUGCCACACCUGCUCAGCCCCAAGGACACCAAGGGCACGACACAGUUUGACUUCAACCUGGUUGGUGUUGGGCCCCCAGGGGCCAAGGCUCCUGACCAGCAGGGCCCUGGAGCCAUGUACAUGAAGUCCACCUCCCGCUCUCAGCAGCAGCAACAGCAAGGGCAGGGACGACACUCUUCCUUUCUGGAGGGCAAGACCAAUACCAUGGAGAAACAACAUGGCCGCCAUGGUGGACACAACAUAGACUCCACCCACAGCUCCUCCAAGAGUUCCAGUUCCUACCUGAGCCUGUCCAAGAGCCACAGCGCCUUGAGCAACAAUGCCAAGUCUGUGGGUGGUAACCUUGGAGAUGGGGUGAGGGGCGUGCACCCCGACGACCCUACGGCAACCCCUGGAAUCUCCGCCCGCUUCUUCCCUGCCAGCUGUCUGGACCUGAACCUCAAUGCCCCCCCUGGAAGUCCCCAGGUCCCCCGCCACAGCGAACGCCACUCUUCUGGCCACGCCCCCCCUGGAAGUCCCCAGGCCCCCCGCCACAGCGAACGCCACUCUUCUGGCCACGCCCCCUGGAAGUCCCCAGGCCCCCGCCACAGCGAACGCCACUCUUCUGGCCACGCCCCCCCUGGAAGUCCCCAGGUCCCCCGCCACAGCGAACGCCACACUUCUGGACACACAUCCAGCCACACCGGCCACUCCUCUGGCCACAGCCCCUCGUCCCGCGGCAACAACCCCCGUCUGGAGAGCUCCACCCUGGACUCAUCCUGCCGACGCGCCUCCUCUUCCAGACACAAAGCUCCAGAGGAGGCCUUGGCCCCGGGCCCGGAGCUUCUUGACCCAGGAGGAGAAGGGGAUUGUGGGGGGAACCACGGAGCUCACACCCUGGCCUCCCCCCAUGAGUCCUACCCCUACGGCCUGGGCUACACCAGUCCCUUCUCUUCCCAGCAGAGGCCUCACCGCCACUCCAUGUACGUGAGGAGGAGUGAGCGCCACAGGUCCCACGGAGGUGGGGGUGGAGGGGGUAGUGAGGGGGGCUUAAUGGUGGGUCAGGGGUUGCCCACCAGGGCUAGCAGUCUGCAGAUGCUCUCCCCCCAGCUUCAGCACCGCACCCUCACCAGACAUCCCGUAGGACACUCUGUGGGAUCGUCCAGAGAGGACUGCACUGAAGACACGACCAGGAGUGAGCCGUCUUCUAAAGAGGUGGUGACCUCUCACCCCCGACCCCAGAUUAAAGACUCCACGCGGGACAACCCAGCCUCCUUUCACUCACAACGCCCUGCUAAGAACGAGGUACCAGUGGGGAUGUACCAUGAGCCCCACCCCGAGGACCCAGUCUCCUCCAAGGAGAACCGCAUGAUCUUCAGUGACUCCAUGCCCAGACGGGUAGGAAGCUUCUACAGAGUGCCCUCUCCCAGGCCAGACAACUCCUCGUCCUUCCAUGAUGGUGGGGCUCAGAGGGAGAGCAGAGGACCGCCGGUGCCAGGGGACCCAGGUGUCAUGAACAACCACUCCAAACGCCAGACUGCCUUUGACUGGAGUACUGCAGAGGCAAUGGUGAUGAACCAACCAGAGCCGGCCAAAGAGAAGGAGAAACAGGGCUUCUUCAGAUCGAUGAAGAAGAAGAAGAAGAAACCGACCAAUACCGUUCCUGGUGAUGGCCAGGACACCCUGUUUAUCCAGAAGGGGACCAAGUCCUCGUCUUCCUCUCACCACGGCAGCCGGAGGAAGAACCGCGAACGCUCCCGGGAUAAGGAUGGUGAACGCGAGCAGAGCCGAGAUCGCGACAGAGAAAGAGAGCGAGAGAGGGAGAGAGGGAGACAGAGAGAGAGAGUCGGUGACUGGCCUCAGGAGAAACAGAACCAACCCCUGAAGUCCCUACGCAGGCUCCUGCACCUCUCCCCUUCCUCCUCUUCCAGCCAACCCCCUCCUCCUUCCGACCUGCGAUUCCAGCACCUCCCCAACCCCCCCACCUCCUCCUCUAAAGGGGGAGUGUUCAGCGACGGGAGAGGUGACGGCAGGUCCCACCACCAGGGACACCCUAGCAGCAGCAGCUCCAGCUCUGGUCAGUCUAAGAGCCACAGGAAGCAGAGUUACCCUCUCCCAGGGCAGAUACAGGGGCAGAUGGAGUCCAACUGGCACGCGGCGGCCCUCGCCAGGGCAGAGGGGGCUCAGCCGUACCCCGACCAAAUGGUCGCCAACGGGCCCACCUUUACCAGACCGUCAAGGUCACGGAUGCCAAACCUCAACGACCUGAAAGAGACAGCCCUGUGAGGAGAACAUGGAAUUAGAAUUCUACCACAUGGAAUUAGAAUUCUACCACAUGGAAUUAGAAUUCUACCACAUGGAAUUAGAAUUCUACCACAUGGAAUUAGAAUUCUACCACCCAUUGACUUAAAUGGGGAUGUCCAUUCUAGGAAAAAAUGUCUAUGGAGGAGACGUCUCUCUGCCCUCAAGGGCAGAUUAGGCACCAAAAUGGAACAAAACAGACUGAAGCAGGGAGGGACAAGAUGGACUACUGUCCGAUAAGAAACGCUUAUUUUUUUGUGGUGCGUUGCGAAGCGUUUUGUAACGUUUUCAAUUGUGUGCCCUAAUGAAUAGGACUCUGGGCUCUCACUACUGCCGCCUGCUGGCCGCCAGACGCACAUAGGACUAUAGAGUUCAGAAGGUUAUACUGUAUCUCUCUAAGUUCAGGACUAUAUGACUGAACUGGGAGGUGGACUGACUGGCUGUAAAAAUCUGACCUUUUUUGAUGCUUCAAACAUUUGAUAGAAUUUGUAUUGAUAUUAUAUUAUAUUAUUCAUGAAAUUCCUUUUAUUUGAUUUAAAUUAAAUGACUUUAUUUAACGAUACGUAGGCCUAAAUGGAGAUUUAAUAAGUAUUGUAGAAUUAAUAAUUGUGUAAUAUUGCAAGAGCUUUAAAAAUAAAUGUAAAAAAGAUUAUGAGAUUCUAACUAUAUAUAUAUAAUAAUAAUUCAAUAUUUCAUCCAAAAAUAUUUAAUUGUGGAGGUUUUUCAGAAUGUCUAUUGAUUGUUGUUACAGUACAGCCUGUUUGUUCUGUCCGUUUACUUUGUCUCUGUAUUUAUUGGAUCUGAUUUGACACAGAGUUAUGGAGAGAAAUGUACGACAGAUGGACAGAGACAAAUGAUAUAAUGUUAUAAUGUAUGAUAAAAUAAUGAGAUACCUA